GGCAGGGUGCUGACAAGCUCUGUCUGACACAUUUCUCCUUGGCUCUGCAAACGCUGAGUCUCACCUCCAGGGAGAACACAGGCCAGUCUGCUGCACGCUCAGGUUCUCGGUCUCCGGCUCUCUGUGUCUUCUCUCUCCCAUGAAGCUCCUGUCAAAGCAAGAUUCUCACCUACCCCUCUGCUGACAUCGAAGCACUGUGGAGGGGGAAGAGCCAGCUGCCGACUGCCGCUCCAGGACCCUGCUGCACCUGGAAGGCUGCUCAGGUCUGGGACACCUGGAGGAGGUAUCGCCGCCAGCCUGGAGGCAGCCAUGCGGUGUCCAUCCGGCUGAGGAGGAGGGGCCCAUCCAGCCAGGGCCAUCACAGGGCAGGCUGAUGACCACAUUGGAGGACCCCGGUCCAGCCCAGCCUGGAGGCACGAAUGAGCUGAGGGUGAUGCUGGACUCAGUGACACACAGCACCUUCCUGCCCAACCCAUCCCUCUGUGACCCCCUGAUGUCGUGGACGGAUCUGUUCAGCAGUGAAGAGUAUUACCCCGCCUUUGAGAAUCAAACAGCCUGUGACUCCUACUGGACAUCGGUCCACCCCGAGUACUGGACGAAGCGCCACGUCUGGGAGUGGCUGCAGUUCUGCUGCGAUCAGUACAAGCUGGACGCCAACUGCAUCUCCUUCUGCCACUUCAACAUCAGCGGCCUGCAGCUGUGCAGCAUGACCCAGGAGGAGUUCAUCGAGGCGGCGGGCGUCUGCGGAGAGUACCUGUACUUCAUCCUCCAAAACAUCCGCACGCAAGGUUACUGGUUUUUCAAUGAUUCUGAAGAGACGAAGGCCUCCAUCAAAGACUAUGCUGAUUCCAACUGCUUGAAAGCAAGUGGCAUCAAAAGUCAAGACUGUCAGAGUCACAGUCGGACAAGCCUCCAGAGUUCUCAUCUAUGGGAAUUUGUUCGAGACCUGCUUCUAUCUCCUGAAGAAAACUGUGGCAUUCUGGAAUGGGAAGACAGGGAACAAGGUAUUUUUCGGGUGGUUAAAUCCGAAGCCCUGGCAAAGAUGUGGGGACAAAGGAAGAAAAAUGACAGGAUGACCUACGAGAAGCUGAGCAGAGCUCUGAGAUAUUACUAUAAAACAGGAAUUUUGGAGCGGGUCGACCGACGAUUAGUGUACAAAUUUGGAAAAAAUGCACAUGGCUGGCAGGAAGACAAGCUAUGAUCUGUUCCAAGCAUCAAAUUCGUGCUAUGGAUUACUGUCUUUGAAAACAAUCAGAUUGCACCAGACACUUGAAGGCCUUACUUUUUUAACCAGCAAAUGUGCUGAUAAAAUUUCUCUACGUCUCAGCUUACAUUUGGACUCAGUUGUUGUCUACUUGGGGUGAGAGCCCUUCAGAAAUCUCCCUCUCCCCAAGGAGAGGAAGGGAUGGUCUUUUACGGUAUGUUGAUCUAAUGUCAUUUCCCUAAUCAAAAACAGCAGAGCCACAAUAACGUGUGUCAUUGGUGUUGCUCAGAGAAAAGACCUAAUUCUGCCAUGAGAGACACAUCUAAUCCUCCUAUUCCCAAGCUUCCAAAUCUGUCCCGUGGUUAACUGUGGCAACUCACAAAGAAAAAAGAAAUCGUGAUUGGUAUGUAGUUUAUAGUAGGAGAGAGAUAUAAGAUAUAUAUCUUAGAUUUUAAAUCAUUAAAGUCAAAUUCCAUAGAAAAGCUUCUUAAUAAGAAAAAGUUCAGCUGAGUCAUAACUGGAGUCAGCAUAGGGUAAUAGUAGUUUUUUUAACCGUGACAUCUUCCUGACCACUCAGCAAAAUUCCUAUAGCGCCUCUUGUGGAGUUACACACUUGAAAUUAACCAUAUUAUUAAUUGCCACUAAGAUCAUUUCCCUGCUUCAUUGAUGGGCUUUUUAACCUACAAGCGUGCCGAUCAAAUUUCUCUGCAUCUCAGCUUACAUUUGGACUCAGUCGUUGUGUAUGUGGUGACAGCAUCAGACAUGCAAACUUUUCAAGUCACUGCUUGCCUGUGACUCCACCCAUCAACAGGAUAAAAUCAUUAUUCAUUGAUUCUGUCUGAGGUUGGCAUUAAACUUUGAAAGAACCGGAAAUAUACCAACAACCUGUGAGUUUCUUUUGUCUUCUUACCUAGAACUUCUUACCUAGAACUCAGGUUCUAGAACGCAUUUCCUUGACAAAAAUAGCAGAAGUGAAUUUACACCAGUAAAUGGUCACAGGCGACAGUCUGCACUGACAUUUCCUCACUGUUCACUGGUGUGUAAGUCGUAACCUACACCUAGCUGGCCUGGCCCGGGGUCUCGGACUUCACAGGAGCUGCCCAUCAAGGGCUGAGCUACCGAACCACAACACAGGCUGCAGACCUUGUUUUUUUUUAAAUGUGAAUUACUGUAAAAUAAUCUAUUUUUGGACUUAUGUGUUUUCCAGGUGGAUUGAGUUUGUAAACAAUGUGAAUAAAAUAUUUAACACGUU